AUGUAGCAAAUUAGUAAGGAGAAAGAGUAAUAGUAUCAUCAGUAUAUGGAGUUGGAGAAGGAAGUUAUGAACACUUUAGCUAAAGUCAGACAAUAUGAGGCUUCAAUGACUCAGCUAAAGCGAAACAUUCAGAAAUGUCAAAUUACAUUAAAAGAACUAGGUAGCAUUGAUUAAUAGAAGACAUAUUAACCUAUUGGUAAAUGUUUCAUUCUCAAACCAAAAUAGGAUAUUGCAAAUGAAGUUGUCGAAAUCAUUAAAUCUCACGAAAAAGACAUCGAUGAAUAUGAGAAAGUGAGACAACACUUAAUUACAAAAGGUAAAGAAAAGGAAACACAAUUGUAAGAAGCCAUGAAGGCUCUAAAAAUUUGA